AUGAACUGGUAUUGCAAUAAACAUCUGCUUCAAUACGACGGUGCUGAAAAAUCCGACGGUAUUGACUCUCGAGAUUUAUCCGGGACACAGGAAAAGAGCACCCGGCAAAAGAUCAAUUACCACGAGCUUAAACAUCCGAGCAAGGUUCCCCAACGUCCACACAAACCUACGAUUGACGGCCAGUCGACACCAACCCGAAUCCCGGUGGACGCCCAAACGUUGCGGUUAAGCCUGGUGGAUCUGGAUAACGCCGAGGCCCACCGGACGCUCGAGGACGCGAUCGAGUUUGCGUCGCAGAUUCUGUCCGUGGACACCGACGGCGUGGAACCGCUGUACACGGUGCUGGAGCGGGAGCGGUUGACGCUGCGCGAGGACCGCGUGUCCGACGGGAACAUCCAGCAGGAUGUGCUGAGGAACGCACGCGUUACGGAGGAGGAGUACUUUGUGGCGCCACCGGGAAAUAUUACGCUCGAGCAGGAACCGAAGAAGUGAGGGCGGGGGGGAUGGUUGGUGGGAAGGGGAGUGUGGGCUUCCGGCAGCUGCUGGAAGCUUGUAGGGAUAGUAAAUUUGUAGCUUUAGGUUUGGGGGUGAAUGUAGUGGACGGUUUUAAGCUGAGCCCGAUUGGACGAAUGUUGCGCAAUAAUCUCAGAGAUGAAUUUAGACGAGGGGAAGCUGGAACAGCGGUGUACGAAGGAAGUUCCGGGAUUCCGAUGCGGGAGAACCUGAGCUUUGUAAAGGAAACAUUUGAUCCGAAUGUACCGUUUGGAGUUACAAUAGAGGAGCGAUUUGCGAACGGGAAGGUUCCCUUGAAUGAUUCCUUGACCCUUAAUCUGGA